CACAUCUCAUACUCUGGUAUGUAAACUUAUGCCCACGUUAUGCACAUUCAAUUGAUGCUCCGCGCUCGGCGGGGCCACAAGCUUCCGUGGUACUGAUAAGGCUAGCGUUCGAGUACGUGUACCUUCGUGGAUAACAGAAAAUGGGUUACAGGCACCCAACAAGACCAUCUUACCCUACCCACUACUAGAGCGCAUCUUCUUGACCAUCGCUAGCUUUCUCCUGUACGAGGUACCUAAUCUCCUCGAUGCCCCCUAUAAAUAGAGAUAUGACAGACGCGGUCCGCGGUGGCAUUCCCUUCCCUCUUCGCCCUCCCGACGCGUGUAGCGCUGACCUGACCCUGGCAACUCGCGACCUCACGAGACUGCGUGACGCGACAGAAGGUUCAUGCCCGCGCCCCCACCCAGUCCCGUAGGUGGUAUGUACACAGGUACCCCUCGCAUGUUCACACACUUCAAUCAACGUCGUAAACGCAUUUCGCAUUUUUCGCACUCGAAACUCGACCGGGCCUAUGUAAAGUUAACUCGACGGGCCGUACCAGCUUCCUCUACCCGCCUUUCGCCUCGGCCCUUCUACAUUAUUCCGUGAUGGACGAAGGCUUAUAAUAAUAUACUUAUGCUGGUCAACCAUCUGGGGCGUAAUGUGGCCUAGCUGAGAUAUCUAUCUGCCUCUGACCUGCCCCUCGUAGGCCCCUGAUUGAUGUUCUCCCGAAGCACAACCUUCGCCUGUCUCGUGCGUUCGUCUUCGAGACUCCCACCAGCUCCGGGCCCCAUUUAUCGACGCAUCUCCACGUCGAUAUCCAGAAUGGCUGAUGACGCGUCCGGCCCCGUCUCGGCUUCUCCCCCGGUCGCACAGUCGACAUAUAAGCCACGGUAUAUUGAUAUCGGCAUCAACCUCGCGGACCCAAUAUUCCGGGGCUUAUAUCACGGCAAGCAGCGGCAUCCGGAUGAUUUGAGUGCUGUCGUAUCCAGGGCCCAGCAAGUCGGCUGCCAGAAGCUCAUCGUCACUGGUUCUGACUUCCCCAGUUCUCGGCAUGCCCUCGAGAUCGCCAAGGAAUAUCCCGGCGUCGUAUACACCACUGCCGGUAUCCACCCCUGUUCCAGCUCCAUAUUUAGUACGACCCAUAAACACCAGGACGCGGACGGGCAUACUAUGCCCUGCGAUCCGGACCCCUCCCAGCCCGUAUCGGAGGACCAUGAGCCCGACGCCGAGAAGACUGCGUCUAUCAUCGAGGAGCUCCGGCGUCUCAUAGAAGAGGCCCGGAGUAACACUACUUCUGCAAGUCCCCUGAUAGCCCUUGGCGAGAUCGGGCUCGACUACGACCGGCUGCAUUACUGCUCGCGAAAAGUCCAGCUGCACUCGUUUGAGGCACAGCUAGACCUGGCGCUGUCGCUACAGCCGCAGCUACCCCUAUUCUUGCACUCGCGCGCCGCGCAUGCCGACUUCAUCGGUCUGCUCAAAGCCAAGUUCGGCCCGCGGCUCGAGCGUCUCGAGCGCGGUGCCGUCGUGCACAGCUUCACCGGCACGCCCGACGAGAUGCGCGACCUCGUCGAGCUCGGCCUCUACGUCGGCACCAACGGGUGCAGCUUCAAGACGGCCGAAAACUGCGCCGUCGUCCGCGACAUCCCCCUCGACCACAUCAUGCUCGAGACCGACGGGCCCUGGUGCGAGGUCCGGCCCUCGCACGAGGGCUGGAAGUACCUCGUCGCCGCCGCCGCCGCCGCCGAUGCAGCCGCAGUGGCACCACCGACGGCGACGCUGGAUGCGAACGGCGCCGAAUUAACAGCUGACGGCACUUCGGACGCGCCGAAGCCGAAUCCGAUCGACGAUCAACCGCUGCAGAACCGGCAGCAGAGGCCGGCGAAGGCAAAGGGGAAGCACAACAACGGCCAGAGCAACAGCAAGAAGAAGGAGCCGGAGGUGCCGGAGCGGUUCCCGACGGUCAAGAAGGAGAAGUGGGCGGCGGGCGCGAUGGUCAAGGGGCGCAACGAGCCGUGCUCGAUCGAGCGCGUCGGGCGGAUCGUCGCGGGCGUCAAGGGCGUCGCGGUCGAGGACGUGUGCGAGGCCGCGUGGCGGAACACGAUGAGGGUGUUUCGCCUGGGGGAGUGAGCGGGUGCGGCGGACAGCCGGUAAACGCAGCUGCUGUGUGUGCGCCGCGGAGGUAUCGUAGAGUUGCGGUUACGUUGGGUGAAGGGAAGGGUAGAGAAGAGGAAACAGAAGAGAGCAACGUUGACUAGAGAGAGGGGGAAAGUGGGCGGGGGUGUUCGUGUGUACAUGUGAAGCGGUAGAAUAUAGCUGGGGAGAAAGAGGGAGUGAGCGUAGAGGCGCGAGGUCGUAGUAUCCGCGAUAGCAUCGGCGAGAAGAGAGCCCAGAAAACCAUCGCAUUAGGGGUAUAUGAACGUACAGUCCUAUAGGCGUCUUCACGUAGGAAUACGGCGGACUCGACAGCCUCUCCAAGAGUUCCCCGACGAUUCCGCCUGUGCUUCUGCCCCAGUCUUCGCGUAUAUCACUCCUCGCUUGCUCCUCCCCUUUCC